AGCUCCGCUCCUUCCAGCUUGGGAACAGGCUACUUUUGUGACAGCGACAGUGAUCAAGAAGAAAAGGCCUCUGAUGCCAGCUCAGAAAAGUUGUUCAACACAGUCACAAACAAAGAUCCAGACUUAGGAGUUGUUACGCUAACAGAAAAUGAAGAUCAAGAGGCCAGGCCUUUGGCACUCCCCAAAAUAUCAGGAUUAGAACGGAGCCAAGAGAAGAGUCAGGACGGUGGGAAAGAGCCAUCGCUUGAGCCUGUUGUGCCUCAGGAUCUUUGUCCUCAAGUUCCUCAGCCUUUGGUCCCACCUCGUUUGGUGCCACCAACAGAGGCACGUUCUCCAGAGCCUCCUGCUGUCCACCCUGCUGGCUCCUCCUAUUCGGAAGCCCCAGAGAAGCAACCUGCUUUGGAAGAGGCCCAGUUUCCCACCCUUCCUCCUUCCCAAAUACAACAUCCACCGAGGCCUCCUUCUCCUGGGCAGCCGGCCCAUCCAAACCGACCACCUUCACAGCUGCGUCCUCCCUCCCGUAGCCUUGCACAACAGUUGUCGGCUUACAACAGCAGCAGUUUGAGCCUCAACAGCUUGAGCAGCAGCAGAAGCAGCACUCCAGCCAAAAGUCAACCCCCUCCUCCCCCACCGCCUCAUCCCCCCAUAGCUCACCAUCCCUCGGCCUCCCCCUUCCCCCUGUCUUUACCCAAUCACAGCCCCCUCCAUAAUUUCACACCUGCCCUCCAGCCUUCUAAUCACACCCAUCACCCCAAUAUGUUUGCCCCUCCCACGGCAUUGCCUCCUCCUCCUCCUCUGACAUCGGGGACAUUACAAGUUCCAGCUCAUCCCGCUGGCACUGCUUACUCAGAGCAAGAUCUUCUCCGCCAGGAGCUGAACACUCGGUUUCUGGCUUCCCAGAGCGCUGAUCGUGGCGCCUCGCUGGGCCCACCACCUUACUUGAGGACGGAGUUCCACCAACACCAGCACCAACACCAGCACACGCACCAACACACGCACCAGCACACCUUCACGCCUUUUCCUCACGCCAUCCCGCCAACAGCCAUUAUGCCAACGCCAGCACCUCCCAUGGUGCGUAAUCCAGGCAGAAAUUUUGACAAAUACCCUACAAAAGUAGAUCCUUUCUACCGUCACAGUUUAUUCCACUCCUAUCCUCCUGCUGUGUCUGGGAUCCCUCCUAUGAUCCCUCCAACUGGUCCUUUCGGCUCGCUGCAAGGAGCGUUUCAACCCAAGACUUCAAAUCCUAUUGAUGUUGCGACAAGACCUGGAGCUCUUCCUCAUACUCUCCUUCAGAAGGAUCCCAGGUUGACAGAUCCAUUCAGGCCUAUGUUGAGGAAACCAGGCAAAUGGUGUGCUAUGCAUGUUCAUAUUGCUUGGCAGAUAUACCACCAUCAACAGAAAGUCAAGAAACAGAUGCAAUCAGACCCCCAUAAGUUGGAUUUUGGUUUGAAACCUGAAUUUCUGAGCAGACCUCCAGGUCCUAGUCUUUUCGGGGCUAUCCAUCAUCCUCAUGACUUAGCCCGACCGGCGACUCUCUUCUCGGCAACCAGUGCCGCCCAUCCAGCCGGUCCGACGUUUGGCCCUCCCCCACACCACAGCAACUUUCUCAACCCCGCGGCCCAUUUAGAGACUUUUAAUCGGCCCACGACGUUCACCAGCCUUGCAGCCAUGAGCAGCAAUGCCUUCGGGGGACUUGGCAACCAUGCCGUUACACCCAACGCUAUGUAUGGCCACAAGGAUUGCCCCGGCAUGCAAAGCUAUAGCAACCCUCACGAGCCUUGGAAUCGUCUGCACCGAACGCCUCCUUCGUUUCCGACUCCACCGCCCUGGCUGAAGCCAGGUGAGCAGGAACGCAGCGCGUCCGCUGCAGCUCAUGAACGAGACAGAGAUGUAGAUAAAGGAGACGCUUCCCUUAGUAAAGAUGACAAAGAAAGAUCUUCAAAUUUCAUUUUGCAGAACUUCGUCGCUACAAAAUAUUUGGAGUUGAUACUAGAUUAA